AUGUCUUCCGAUGUGAGCAGCCUUGCUACCAGCCAGUCGAGCCAAUUCCUCGACCAACUGGAGGUCAUCUUGGACAAGCUGAAGACCGAUCCGCUCAGUAUCACGGCUGAUGAUGCUCGUCUUCUGUCUGGGAACUUUGCUCCACCUGAUGAGAAAGCGGUCCGCAUUAUCUCUGCCGUUGAAUAUCUAGCUAUUGCUAACAAGGAACUGCAUGCCUCCGUAGAUGGCAGCCCUGAGGAGGUCACUACAGAGGUCCUUCGCAUCACACAGAGCAUCGUUAGCAAAAUGCAGAAGGCUCUCGGUCACACCAACAUUCCCCACCCAGAAGUGGAAGGCGAGCUCCAGGAGGAAAUUGCCAAGAUCGAGCCCAAGAUUGUCCAAGGCACAGUGACAAAGGCUGAGGCUGAUCGACUCCAUUCGCUUGAGUCUCGUGCACAUGGACACACUGAGAAGGGCGGUAUCACUGCUGCUGCUCAGUCUGUUGUUGCGAAACGUGAGCGUCAGCUAUCAUCAAGUGGCGGCCCUAAGACCUUGCAGCCCUCGGACAGUGAACAGUCUCAAUCAGACAAAGGAAGCUUCACAUCAUCUGAACUCCAAUCCCAGCAUGACAAGGAGGGAAACCUUCUACAGGCAGCAGACGCCGUCAAGGACAAGAUAGAGGAGGGUACCUUGACCAAGGAAGAGGCUGGCCGUCUCCAAUCCCUUGAAUCUCGCGCUCACGGUGAUACCGUCAAGGGAUGUGUUGCUGCUACUGCUCAGUCAACUGCUGCAGGACGCGAGUCGAAUGCUGCCGAUGAGUGCCCUUGCUACGACCGGGAUGAUAGUAAGAACACCCUCUCCCUCCAAGAGCAACCCCGCCACGACAAGGAAGAGAACCUUCGACAAGCAGAGCUUGCAAUCCGACCGAAGAUUCAAGACGGUACCGUCACGGCAGCCGAAGCCAACAAGCUUCACUCGUGCGAGAUGCGUGCUCAUGGACAUACUGAGAAAGGUAGACUGGCCGCUACAGCACAGUCUGUUGCUGCCCAUCGCCAGAGAACCUUUAGUGACAUUUCCAACUCGCCUCAUCCCUCGGAAACGGAUGCUGUAGCAGACAAAGAAGACACUGAUGUUGACAAGGAACCCAAGAAGGUCGAGGGAGACUUGGGUGGGAUGUCAAAGACAGAGAACAAAGCUCAGUGA